AUAUUAAUUACUAAUUAUCAAUUGACUAUUAAAAAAUAAAAAUGAAGAGGUUGAAGUUAUAAUAACGUAUUGGCCAAAGGGUCACACUUCCCAAAAAUAAAAUGAAAAUUUUCAUGCAAACUUGGAUGGAAGUAGAUGAAUCAUGAACCGAUCUUCCUCAUGCCUUACUCGAUUACCAUCCGUAAUUAAGAUAUUAAAAUUUAGCUAAGUAAACUCGCCAGUCGAAUUUGUUUAUGUUUUCUCCCUUCAAAUUUGCAUGGAAAGGUCAAGCGGCUGAAGGGUUUCCCAAUGGCAGAAACAGGAUCCUUGCAUAAGUAGCAAGAAAGUCAAAGAACGGGAGAAAGAGCUCAGCCAUUACAAUUGCUAAUGCACAACGGCGGAAACUUGAUAACAUGCACCAUCCUUCUAUCGUGCUUCCUUGAAUUAAAAUAUCCCAAAUCAUUCUAUUAUUAGUACUAGAUUCUAAUUUUAGAUUCUGUGUCUGGUGAAAUUUUGAUCUUCCUUUUUUGGGGUUAUCUUCGAUUUAAUUCAAGGAAAUAUAAAUUGGGUUUUUAAGCUUUUGUUGGCUGGAAUUUUGUAUUAAUAUAUUUGGAAAAGAUUCUUGGAGCGUUUUUGGUGAUUUUGAAGAUGACAGUUGGGGAUAUAACACCAAAUAAAGAGAAGGGUUCAGGGAGGAGCAAACAUGUUGCUGAUGAGAAAGCUCCCUUGAUACCCAAAGAACAAGAUGAAGAUGCUGGUCAUGAUGAAUUUAAUGGAGCCUCUUUUAUUGGGGCAGUGUUUAACUUGUCAACAACAAUUGUUGGUGCAGGGAUCAUGGCCUUGCCCGCUACAAUGAAAGUCCUGGGACUGAUUCUUGGUGUUGCUCUUAUCAUCUUUAUGGCCUUCUUAACUGAUGCCUCUAUUGAGUUCUUGAUAAGGUUUAGUAAGGCUGGAAAAACAACUUCUUAUGGAGGUCUUAUGGGGGAUGCAUUUGGAAAGUAUGGAAAAAUCAUGUUGCAAAUCUGUGUUUUAGUCAACAACAUUGGAGUUCUCAUUGUGUACAUGAUUAUUAUUGGUGAUGUGCUUUCUGGAACAUCAUCAAGUGGAGUUCACCAUGCUGGUGUCCUUGAAGGUUGGUUCGGGCAACAUUGGUGGAACGGGCGUACCUUUGUUCUUCUCAUCUCAACAAUCGGCAUAUUCUCUCCUUUGCCAUGUUUUAAACGCAUUGACUCCUUAAGAUUUUCGUCGGCAUUGUCAGUUGCUCUUGCUGUUGCGUUUCUUGUCAUUAUUCUGGCCAUCGCAAUUUUCAAGUUGAUUAGCGGAACUGUAGUGAUGCCGAGAUUGCUACCGGAUGUCACUGAUUUGACCUCAUUCUGGAAACUCUUCACUGUAUUCCCUGUUCUAGUCACCGCAUUUAUCUGCCACUACAAUGUUCACAAUAUAGCCAAUGAACUCAAAGACAAAAACCAGAUAGGAGCAGUUGUUCGAACUUCUCUCGCUUCAUGCUCAAUUGUUUACAUAUUGACAAGUUUCUUCGGAUUCCUUCUAUUCGGUGAUGCAACAUUGGGUGAUGUGCUUGCCAACUUCGAUACUGACCUAGGCAUUCCCUAUAGCUACCUACUUAAUGAUGCUGUCCGUGUGAGCUAUGCUGCUCACCUCAUGCUUGUAUUUCCCAUCGUCUUUUAUCCACUUAGAAUCAACAUAGAUGGCCUCUUCUUCCCUUCCGCGAGCCCUUUACCCCAGUCUACCACGAGGUUUGCUUUUAUUACUUCCGGACUCUUGAUACUUAUCUUCUUGGGUGCAAAUUUCAUACCCAGCAUCUGGGUUGCUUUCCAAUUCACUGGAGCAACCGCUGCAGUUUGCCUUGGAUUCAUUUUUCCCGCCGCUGUAACGCUUAGGGAUCGCCAUGUUAUAUCGAGAAAGGAGGACAGGAUGUUAGCUAUUGUCAUGAUUGUCCUUUCUGUGUUUUCAAAUAUGGUGCUCGUGUAUGGCAAUGCCAUAUCUUUGUUGAAGAAGAAUCAAUGAGCAUGAGCCCCUAAAGAGAACCCGAGUUAUAGAAUCAUCCAACCCAGGCUUCGGUUUCUCAAGCCAUUUAAUUAGAUCAACUUCUCCUCUUUUCAACUGUAUAAAAAUGUUAGAUUUUUAGGGAAGUGAAUGUAAUUUUAUAUUUCAUUGCACUGUAUGCAAUAAUCAUCUUGUGGAGGCUUGCAAUCAAAGUUGCAAAAUUAUAAAUAUGGUAAAUCUUAGACUUGUAAAA